AUGGAUGUUCAGAGUAUUUCCCAGGCAUUGCCUGCAAAUUCCAAACCAUGGUGGAAAACAGCCCACCUCCUACGACUCAAUAGCCAUCUAGCCAGUUUGAUCCUCUUCUCCAGCACCUUUGGCUAUGACAUCUCCCUAAUGAACGGCCUGCAAUCACUCCCCCAAUGGCAAGAAUUCAUGUUCCAUCCAUCCGGCCCAUGGCUAGGUUUCAUCAACGCCCUCCAAAGCAUCGGCAGCAUAGUCUUCCUCCCUAUCCAAGCCUGGUCCGCUAAUCGCUUCGGUCGCAAGCCGACCAUACUUACGGGAUAUCUCUUCAUGAUCCUUGGCGUGGGACUACAAGCCGGGUCCUGGAAUGCCAAUACAUUCAUCUAUUCCCGCUUGCUGAUCGGCAUUGCCGGCGCCUGGUUCCAAUGCGCGGUUAUCUUAGUUACCGAAUUGGCAUAUCCGUCGCAUCGAUCGAUUAUCACUGCGAUAUACAUGUGUCAGUAUUACUUUGGAUCAUCUCUAUCUGCUUGGAUAACGUUUGGAACGAGGGAUAUCCAGAGUGUCUGGGCGUGGCGAAUUCCUGUCCUCAUGCAGAUCGCCCUGCCGCUCUUGGCGUUGCCUGGUACUUGGAGUGUUUCUGAAUCGCCGCGUUGGUUGAUGAAGCAGGAUCGGACGAGUGAUGCGAGAGAUAUUCUUGUGAAAUUUCACUCUGGUGGCGAUGAGGGAUCGAAGCUCGUCGCUUUUGAGAUCGAGGAGAUCAGCAGGGGUCUGGCCCUUGAGUCGCAGGCUCGGAAGGCCCGUUGGGUUGAUUGUGUCAAGACGCCAGGCAAUAGGUAUCGAUGUUUUCUGAGUAUCUCGCUGGGUAUCUUUGCUCAGUGGAAUGGAGGCGGAGUGGUCUCAUACUACCUGACUCUCAUCCUUAACACAAUUGGCAUUACCUCAACGACUGAUCAAACCCUGAUCAACGCGUUCCUGCAACUUUGGAAUCUGAUCAUGAGCGUCGUCGGCGCAUGUCUGGUGGACCGCGCAGGCCGACGCGCGCUCUUCCUCACUUCGACUGUGAUCAUGCUGAUCAGCUAUAUCUUCAUUACUGCAUUGUCCGGCAGCUUCACGACAACAGGUGCUGGUGCGGUAGGAACAGCCGUGAUUCCAUUCCUCUUCCUUUACUACGCUGGCUAUGAUAUUGCCUUCACGCCGCUGCUUUUGGCCUAUCCGGCUGAGAUAUGGACGUUCUCGUUGCGUGCCAAGGGGGUGGCUAUUUCGGCCAUGUCGAACUAUAUGGCGCUGGUUUUCAAUCAGAUUAUCAACCCCAUUGCGUUUGAGAGCAUUUCUUGGAAAUAUUACUUCGUGUUCUUGGGCGUGUUGAUCAUCGUGCUGAUCACCGUGUGGAAAACUUAUCCUGAGACUCGAGGCAGGACACUUGAGGAGAUUGCAGUUAUUUUCGACGGCGAGGGUGCGAGGAUCACAGGUGUUAUUGUAGGCUCUGAUGAGAAGGGGCUUACAGAGAAGAUGGAGCAUAGAGAGGAUGUGAAUAUAUAG